ACACCACGAGAGUGAGCAUAACUUCGAAGUUGAAGUGGAGACAUUGACGUUUGACACGUAUGCAGAUUUCCUGUCUUGGAAAGAUAAUGUGGAGAGCGAGACUUGCAGCCAUUUUGUUGCUUCUACUGGAAGAAAAGAAAAUUCGCCAGGAGUGUUCAGGCGAUAUCUAAAUUGUCACCGUUCCGGGACAUAUAUAGAGCUCCCUACAAAGCUGUGCGAACGUCAGAUUAAAGUGCAAGGCAGCAGCAAAAUAGGCAUACAUUGCUUUGCAUUGCUUGAGGUUACAGAAAGGGAUAACAAAGUCUUUUUAGUAUUUCAGAACCACCACUAUGGACACCUGGAUGAGAUAGCUCAUCAGAGGCUCUCUGUGGCUGAGAAAAAAGUAAUUGCAGGUAGACUAGCAGAAGGAGUGCCACCGAAGACCAUUUUGCAAAAAAUCAAGGCAGGCACAAGUGCAGCUAGCAGUCGAAUGAAACUUGUCACAAGAGAGGACCUUCGGAACAUCCGCGAUAAGUAUAAUAUUGACAAAUCAGAGCGGCGACAUCCUGAUGAUUUUACGAGUGUGGAGUUAUGGGUUAAAGAAAUGGAAGAGAAGGAUUUAAACACGGGAAAUGAGCUGAUGAGCCCAGAAAAUGAGCCAAGUAAGGCAGGCAGUGACUCGCCUCUUUUGUAUUACAGGAAAGAGGCUGAUCCGAGCAGUUCUGAAGGCAACUUUGAGCUUGCCUUGAUGACCUUCCCACAGAGAGAACUACUUUGUAAGCUAGGAAUAGAGAAAUUGUGUAUUGACUCUACACAUGGCACAAAUAGGUACAAGUUUCAGCUGACAUUGCUAACCAUCUCGGAAGAUGGCUGUGGUAUUCCAUGUGCCUACUUGAUUUCUAAGAGAGUUAACACUGAAACGAUGGUGAGGUUUUUUGAGGCCAUCAAGGGAAAGGUAGGCGUGAUAGAGUGUAAAGCAUUCAUGUCCGAUGAUGCCCCUGUUUAUGGCAACACAUGGGAGCAAGUGAUGGGUCCCUUGAAGAAUCGGUGGUUGUGUAUCUGGCAUGUGAUGCGCAGCUGGAACGCACACCUCAAUAUGAUUAGUAGCAUCAAGUACAGGAGUGUCACAAGAGAAACCUUGCACGCACUAAUCAAUGCAGAUGAAACAGAAAUAGAUGAGAAAGUAAAAGAAUUUCUUAACCUACCUUCCAAGUUGCACACACAGAAUAACCUUGCUUCCAAAGAUCUAGAGGAUCUGGAAAGUUUUACUAAAUACUUUGAGAAAACUUGUGCUAAGAGAGUAAUUCAGUGGGCCUAUUGCUAUAGAAAGCAGGUAGGCUUAAAAACAAACAAUCACAUUGAAUCAAUGCACAAGACUCUGAAGUACUCCUACUUUGGUGGCCAAGUAAAUGUGCGGCUGGACAAGCUAAUCUAUGUACUUUUUACCUUGACAGCUGACAAACUUUUCAACAGGGCUGUUGCACUUAUAAAAGGCAAAGUCGACCAUCGCAAAUCUGCUAUCUUCAAAAAGCACAAAGCAGGCGUUGAUAUUCAGACAUCCGAUAUUGACAGAGUGGGAUAUGGCGUAUGGCAGGUAAAAUCUCAGAGCAUAGUUAACUUUCAUCACAUCGUGAAAAAGACUGGCAGGACUUGCACAAGUUGUGAGCUCCAUUGCAAGCACUGCGAGGCUUGCCAUAACAUGUACACAUGUACAUGUCUUGACCAUGUAACAUAUGUGCACAUGUGCAAGCACAUUCAUGCUGUUGCUUUGAUGGUGCUGCAGUCAAGCAAGUUGCCGAGCCAUGAAACCAGUUGCUCUGGUGUCUCUUUUAAUAAUGGUAGUCAAAGCUUUUGUGUCAUUGAUGAUCCCAGCUGCUUAAUGGCCAGUGCUCAAGGUAUCAUGCAGAGCACAAAGCAAUGUUUGAAAGAAGAAAAAACAGAAAAAAGAAUUGAAAAGUUCAAAGUGCAAGCUGAGGCUGCUUUUCAACAGAUAUUGAAAAACCUUCCUGAAACAAGUUGCGAGAAAAUGGAUUCUAUAGAACAUGACUUAACAAAGUUAGUUAAAAAGCACAAGCUUGCAGACAGGAGAGAGCCUGCAGGAAAGCUUAGAUUGGUGCCUCCAAACAAAAACCUUCAGAAACAGCGGAGUGUAAAUUGA